CUUUUUGUGUACACAUAGCAGGCUUCAUUCCCUUCGUCCCCAUUUUGACACAUUUGUUCUGGUUCGACUGUUUAAAAAAAAAAAAAAAAAAAAAAACCUAUACCCUGCGUUUUUCUCACCUUUCCCUCCAGACUCAGAAAACCCCAUUCCACCUCUUGAAGAAAACGAGAAGACCCACUAAAUCUAAGAAAUUUAAGCUCCAGAAACGCCAUUCAGAGCUCUAAGAACUCGAGCUGCUCGAGUCAUGGAUCCAGUCGGGCAAACGCCCAACCCGCUGCCCUUAUCUCCUUUACCCUUGAAGUCUUGAAUUGGUAAACUACCGGACGGCUCGUUUUCUCCAUAUGCUGGAGUCAAAAAAUUCGGCCAGUUACCAUUGUUAAAGAGAACUAAAGAUGGGUCGGCCGAAUUCAAGUACUCAAAAAUGACUGAUAUUCAGAGGGCUUCGCUACCAAACUCGCUCUGUGGCAGCGAUAUCAUUGGCGCUGCGAAAACUGGGUUUUGGAGAAGUUAUACCAGGCUUGAUGGGGUCCAGAGGAUGGGGUUGGGUGCAUCAUCAUUUCUCCACAAGGGAACAAGCUAGUCAGCUUUUUAAGGUACUAAAAUCUGUUGGGAGGCAUCGUGGUUUUAGUGCUGGCCUUCUAAUUGGUGGCCGCAAAGGUGUUGACACAGAGAAAGAGCGCGUUAAUGAGUUGGAACAUAUUGGUUUGCACUCCAGGCCGUCUUCUCCAGUACAUGGAUGAGACACCAAAUUUUGAUUGUUCACAGCUUCAGAGCCAAUGAUUAGCAGACUCUGGUGUAAAUAUCUGGCCAGGUAGCAGGUUUUAGUGCUUGACGAGGCAGAUCGUAUUCUUGAUGUGGAAUUUGAGAAAGAAAUAAAUGCAAUAAUAUCUCAGUUACCAAAGCACCAACAAACUUUACUGUUCUCAGCAACUCAAACAAAGUCAGUUCGAGAUCUUGCAAAACUCAGUCUGAAUGAUCCAGAAUACCAAAGUGUGCGUGAAUAAUCUUCAAUGGCUACUCCAAAUCUAUUACAACAAACUGCAAUUGUUGUUCCUCUUGACCUGAAAAUAGACAUGUUAUAGAGUUUUCUGAAGGCACGUCUCAACUCAAGGAUAUUGGUAUUUCUUUCAAGCAUCAAGCAGCCUAUGCUGCUAUGCUGACAUGGGUCAUGGGACAGCGGUACAUGCAAACUUCAAAAAUAAUGCCAGCUGGUAUUGUUGCUGGGAUCAGCGUCCUCAUGACUGGAUUUUAUCUUUACAAGAUUGCAAUGGGUGGAAACCAUAUCCCUGCAAAGACUUGAGUGAUGGCAUUGACCAAUUCUUCAUAUGCGAUUCCACACUAUGAGUUCAUGUUACAGGUGCCACGAGAUUGACUGAUUGACAUUGGAGUAUGGUAUUUUGUUUUUGUUUCCUGAAUACAAAGAAUGUACCCAAGAGAGUAACAAUAAAAUUUUCUACCUUUUGACAUUGCAGUAUAGCAUUUUGUUGUUUUACACACAGACUGUACAUUUUAUUGUUUUCUGAAUAUGAAGGACUGUGAAGAGAUUAACGAUAGAAUACUAUUGUUGAUGGAAUGUAGAGUUUGCUGCUGGUCGAAGUCAUUGUUUUGUUGGAUUACUUUAAAAAGCCUUGUGCUUUCAACUUAACAUAUCUAGUUGAACUGAACGUGAUCAACCACGUUAUAUGUUAGAGUGUUAAGGUCGAAGCAUAUUAGCUAACAUACGGUCUAAAUAACCAUCAAACCUGUCAUAAUUUACCGAGAACAAUAAAAUCUUCAUCCCGGUUCAAGAAGCCAAGGGCUUGAAUGAUGCAUACUUCGUCUACCAGAACAAUACAGGGGUUGAAAAGAGUGGAAUAAGAGCUUAAUCUCCUGCCCAAGAGGAAACUUCUGUUAGAAACUUAGAAUAAUAUGAGGUAGGUAGAUAAAAACAAGCAUAUGCAUCCAACAUAACCACUUCCUUUUAUUAUCAUCAUUAAAAACUCUUUUAUAAACGUCAUUUAUGAACUCAUUAGCUGUUAUUAUUUUAAGUCAACUAAAAUAACACCAUUGACAGACAAUAACCUUCCAUAAACUAACAUAUAAUUUGGUCACCUGUCUCUGUAAUCUCUAUUGUAUAUGCACCUCAUCUGCAGUCUGCCAGUUAGGCUCUCUCUCUCGAGUCUAAACUAUGAAUAUAUUUCUUUGCAUUCUUUUGCCUGUCUUCUUUCUCCUAGUGAGGAGAAAAAGAUCAUCAGACAGGGUGCCCCCAGGAUCUCUAGGGUUACCAGUCAUUGGCCAAAGCCUUAGCUUCCUGUGGGCAAUGAGGGCCAACACUGCUGACAGAUGGAUAGCCGAACGAGCGAAAAGAUACGGUCCAAUCUCGAAGCUUAGUCUCUUUGGAAAACCAGCAGUUUUUAUACAUGGACAGGCUGCUAACAAGUUUGUCUUCACUAGUGAUGACAGUAUAAUGAAUAACCAUCAGACCGAAUCAAUUAAAAUGAUUUUGGGCGACAGGUGUUUGUCUGAACUCAGUGGUGAAGAUCAUAAGCGAGUACGAAGUGCUCUUGCUUCGUUCCUGAAGCCGGAAUGUUUAAAGCUCUAUAUUGGAGAAAUGGAAGAAGAGGUCAGGAGGCAUCUUGAGAUGCAUUGGAAUGGGAAGCAAAACAUUACAGUCUUACCACUGAUGAAGACGCUCACAUUCAACAUAAUAUGCACUCUUCUUUUUGGUGUUGAACGAGGAGCACGGAGAGAUAAACUGGUCCAGUAUUUUCAAGAGAUUCUUGAAGGAUUGUGGUCAAUCCCAAUUAAUUUUCCCUUAACACGCUUCAACCGUGGCCUCAAGGCCAGUGCAAAGGUCCAGAAUAUACUGAAAGACCUUGUACGUGAGAAACGUGUUGAACUGGAAAGUGCAGCUUCAUCUCAUCAAGACCUCAUUACCAGCUUACUCAACAUCCGUGGAGAAGACAACAGAGAAUUGGUGUCCGAAGAUGAGAUUGUACACAAUAUCAUGCUCGUUAUGGUUGCAGGGCAUGACACAUCAGCAGUUUUAAUUUCUUUUAUUGUCCGACUUUUAGCAAAUGAUCCAGCUAUAUAUGCAGCUGUUCUGAAAGAACAAGAGGAGAUCAAAAAGAGCAAGCCCUCUGGAGAGUUCUUGACAUGGCAAGAUCUUGCCAAGAUGAAGCACACUUGGAGAGUGGCAAUGGAGACUCUGAGAACGAUUCCUCCAGUUUUUGGAGGGUUCAGAAAGACAUUGAAAGACAUCGAGUAUGAAGGAUACCUCAUUCCAAAAGGAUGGCAAGUAUUCUGGGUUACCAGCAUGACUCACAUGGACAACAAUAUAUUUCAAGAACCCUCAAAAUUCGACCCUUAUCGAUUUGAAAAUCAAGCACCCAUACCACCUUACUGCUAUAUUCCAUUUGGAGGGGGGCCUCGUAUGUGUCCAGGGUACGAGUUUGCAAGAAUUGAAACUCUAGUCACCGUUCAUUAUCUGGUUACUCAAUUUAACUGGAAACUAUGCUGCAAUGACAACUCCAUUAGAAGAGAUCCGGUGCCAGUACCUGCUCAAGGACUACCAAUUCAAAUAAGGCCAAAGUAACCACAAUAACUUGGUGCGGAUUUUUCAAGGAAUGUAUUGGGAAAGAAUUUGAUUUGGCAAUGCUGUUAAAAUCACGGUUUGGUGAAUCAAGAAACCUACUGUUCAUUUAAUUGUUCCUGCCCAAUGAAAGAAUAUUGCAUGACCAUUAUUUUAAAUGAAUGUAUUUGAAAUAAGUGAA